UUAAAGGUUGAAGAAAAGGAGAAGCACAAAAGCAAUAAAAUGGCAGCAUCAGAAAACCUAUGUGAUGGUGCUGGUGAUGACAGUGACGAUGACACAUUACUUCAAGAAAGAAAGAGUAGAAAAACUGACAGUUGGCAAUUUCCUAGGAUGGAGAAUGAAGUGUGUGAUAGGCCUUCCAAGAGAACACCUAAUGAAAAGAACAAGGUGAAAGAACAAAUACAGUCUAUGAGUGACCAUGAUGACUUAACUUGGUCAUCUGCAACAGCCCCAGAGGAUUAUUUUGUUAUCCUAUUGAAAAUGCAAGAUGCCAUUCUUUCCCAGCAAAGAUUAGUAGAACUUAAAAGCAAUGAGUGUGAAAGACUCACAAUAAAAAUUGGAAAAAUGGAAAACGAGGUUAGCGUUCUGCAAGAUGAGCUCUAUGAAGCCAAAAAAAUAAUGUCACAGUUAAAUUAUGAAAAAGCCGUAUGGGAAUGUGAACUCUCUACUUUGAGAUGUACCUUAAAAGAAGAAGGAGAGAAGAGAAGAAAUGCUGAUCUGUUAUAUGAAAACACUCGAGAAGAGAUAAGAAAAAAGGAAGAGGAAUGCAGGAAAGAAGUUGAAAUGAAACAACAAGCUGAAGAGUCUGUCAAAACACUGAAUGCAGAAAUGAAUAUAUUAAGAAACUAUUUGUCUGAGCUUGCAGAAAAGUACAACAAGAGUCAGAGGCAGCUAUAUGGAGGGCGGAAUAUUUAUCAGAGUUAUGAAAAAGAACGAUUUCUCAUGCGUACAAAUGACAUGUUGCAUGAAGAAAUAGCCAUGCUACAAAUGGAAAUAGCCACAAUAAAAUAUCAGAAUGAGGAAAAAGAAAAUAAGUAUAUCAACCACAUUAAAAUUGUGGAAGAAGUGAAUGAGAACCUUCAAAUGACCAUGAAAAAGAAUGUGGAAAAGUUAACAGACACAGUAUCUCAGUAUAGUGACCAGCUUAAUGCUCUGGCAUGUGAGAAUGCCUUGCUAAAUGCUCAACUACAAAAUGAAAAAGAGAGCAAGGAACAACUGCAAGCAGAACUUGAAUCCUGCAGUUCUAGACUGACUGCUGCAAUACAUGAUCAAUACGUUGAUCAAAUUCUGAUGUCAGGAAGAGACAUCGAAAUGUCUUUCCAGAGAGCAGGACAUGAGUGGUUUUUCUUACGGAAUGAAAUAAAUGUACCUGUGUCUGAUCUCAAAGAAAACCAUGAGAUUUUUGGUCAAAACUGUUCUAAGGCUCAAAGUCAAAUCGGUAGCCUGGAAGAUGAGCUCCAUAGCACAAGAAAUGUUCGGAGAGAUAACACUCUGUCUUUGGAAUGUGUCCAAAGACACCUCUACCAAACAGAAUGUCAAAUGGAAAAGAUCAAUCAAAUGUAUGAAAAUGAACAAUAUCAAGUGAAGAAAUACAUUGGACAACAGGAAUAUCUAGAGAAGAGAAUAUCUGAACUAGAAAGAGGAAAUAUGUUGCUUCGAGAGCAACUGGUGUACGCUCACAGCAGAGCAGAGCAUAAAGAGGAGACACUGAUGAAUAUGCGAGAGCAAUUUCAAGAUACUGUGAAAAACCUUCUAGCUGAGAACGGAAAGCAAACCCGUCUGCUAGAAGAUAGAAUUAAGCAGUUAAUCGGUGAAUGCAAUCAGUUGAAAGAGAGGCUGUAUCAAAAUGAAAAAGGGAAACCAGAAGAAGCACAAGCAGCAUCGGAAGAAUACAGACGACAGUUGAGAGAGAAUCAUCUGGCUGCAAUAAGCAGUCAGGGGGAAUUCAGAAUGAACAAUCUUGAAUCCCAAGUCUCCAAUAUGACAACUGCUCCAGAAGAUUUUCAUUGUAUUGAACUGGAAAAAUAUAAACACUUCUAUCAAUUAGAGUUAGAAGACAGAAAAUACUUGCCAAAGAAACUAAAAAUAGCUACUGAGAGGCCAGCAGCGUUCAGUAGCAGUCUUGUUGCAGAGACACAGGAGACCAGAAGUUUCUCUGGCCCUUGUACAAUGAGCACAGAGUCAGCUUCUGCUGGAACUGUUGUUGAUGGGUUAGGUCUUCACAGAGAAUUUCCUGGAAGAGAAUACUCACUGUUUUCUUCUUCCUGCCCAUGGACUUUAGAUACCAGCUUGAAGAAUAACUUGAGUGAGAUGCAGCAGGAGUUGGAAGAAAUAACUGUAGGACUAGAAGUAGGUGCUGCUGGAUACAGUCCUCUAGAAGAGUUUCUCCUCUAGGAUACAUUAAUGAGUCAAGUCUAAAUGAAUAUAUUCUUUGGAAGGCAUCUCAACAAUAUAUGCCAAUUUUUUUUAAAAUUA